GAAACGGCUGAGGCAUUUGGAGGGGGAGUUGGGCACAGAGACGGCACAGGCGACCCGGGUGCCAACAUGGACAGGCGGACACUCGCUCUGCUCUGGGUUUUCAUCCUCCCAGCAACCCUGGGCGUGAACAUGGAGGAGAAGCUCAUCAAGUACCUCUUUAAAGAGAAUGGCUACAACAGUAAACUGCGGCCCGUAGAAUCCAAGGACGAAAGCGUCACCGUCUCCCUGGCGCUGACCCUCUCCAAUCUCGUCUCCCUGAAAGAGGCCGACGAAACUCUCACCAGCAAUGUCUGGAUUGAGCACGAGUGGAUGGACUACCGGCUGAAAUGGAAUGAGACAGAAUUUGGCGGCAUCAGCGUGCUCCGCCUGCGACCAGACAUGCUGUGGCUGCCUCAGAUUGUCCUGGAGAACAACAACGACGGGACCUUUGAGGCCACCUACGACGCCAACAUCCUCCUCUCCUCGAACGGUGGCGUCUACUGGCUGCCGCCCGCCAUCUUCCGCAGCGCCUGCCCCAUCAACGUCAACUACUUCCCCUUCGACUGGCAGAACUGCACCUUGAAGUUCACCUCUCUGAUGUACAGUGCCAACGAGAUCAACCUGGAACUAAUGUCGAAGAAAGACGAAGAGACCAAUAAGUCGUACGUGGUGCAGUGGAUCACCAUUGACCCAGAAGGAUUCACCGAGAAUGGCGAAUGGGAGAUCAUUCACAGGCCGGCCCGCAAAAACACUGACCCAUGCGCCCCUCGCGACAGCAACAAGCACCAGGACAUCACCUUUUACCUCAUCAUCAAGCGCAAGCCGCUUUUCUACAUCAUCAACAUCGUCACCCCCUGCAUCCUCAUCGCCUUCAUGAUCAUCCUGAUUUUCUACCUGCCUGCUGACUGUGGGGAGAAGGUGACCCUGGCCAUCUCCAUCCUGCUGGCUCAGUCUGUCUUCUUGCUGCUGAUCUCCCAGCGUCUCCCAGCCACCUCCUUAGCCAUCCCUCUCAUUGGCAAGUACCUGCUUUUCGUCAUGCUGCUUGUGACUGCCGUGGGGGUAGCCAUCGUCACAGAGCUCAACAUCCAUUUCCGUACCCCCAGCACCCACAUCCUGACCGACUGGACCAAAGAGUUUUUCCUGGAGACCCUCCCUCGCCUCCUUCGCAUGUCCAAACCGGCCGAGAGUGAGCCCGAACACAGGCUGGUGAUCCGGCGAUGCAGCUCUGUGGGCUACAUUGCCAAGGCGGAGGAGUACUUCACCGUGAAGUCCCGCAGCGAGCUGAUGUUCGAGAAGCAGUCGGAGAGGCACGGCUUGGCUAGCCGCAUCACCCCUGCCAGGCCAAACCCCCACGGGGUGGAGAGCACACAGGAACAGCUCUACAAUGAGAUCAAGCCGGCCAUCACGGGAGCCAACUUCAUCGUGAAGCACACGCGAGACAAGAACGACUACAAUGAGGAGAUAGACAACUGGAACAGCAUUGCUCGCACGGUGGACCGCCUUUGCUUCUUCCUGGUCAUGCCCGUUCUGAGCCUCGGCACCUUGUGGAUCUUCCUGAACGGGUCCUACAACCACCCUCCCCCCUUGCCCUUCGAAGGGGAUCCCUACGACUACAAUGAAGUGAACAAGAAUUACAUCUAGAGCUGGAGGGGACCCUUGACCCCCAUCUCCCCAGAUUCAGAGGGCUGCACCAGGCCCUUGACUCCAUUUGAGAGCCGGUCUUCUUCCCUUCCUCUUACCUGUGAGAUGGGACGCAGCCCGUACUCACUCACGCUCACCUCCCAAGCCAGCUGGUGUGUUGCAUUCUCUUAAAUUGUUUCUGCUUUUCUGACUUGUCUAUUGCGGUGCAAUAAAAGCUGUGUUUCCCAA